AUGUCUCUUCUGCGCGCGGCCUCGCGCCUUCCUCGGUCCUUGCGACACAGAACACCGAUCAUCCGCACCUACUCAAGCACUCAAAUACCUGCUGAACUGGAGUCAAUGCUUGCUAAACCAAGCUGGUCGGUCAGAGCAUUACUCCCCGAUGAAAAUUCUACGCCAUCUACUCUUUCAAUCACCCCGAAACAACUCCGCCAUCUCCUUCGUCUAUCAGCUCUACCACAACCCUCCAACGCGGAAGAAGAGCAGUCUAUGUUGCAGACACUAGAGUCACAAAUCCAUUUCGUGAAAGAAAUGCAGCAGGUUGAUACCACAGGUGUUGAGCCACUGCGCAGUAUCCGAGAUGAGACAGCCGCUGCUGUUAAGGAAACAACCAUUGGGCUUGACCAGCUUCGUGAUGCACUUACCAAGGAGAAUGUUAGUGGGCGACAGAGGAGGAUUCAGCGCACACAGGACAAGAAAAAUGAUCGUCCGGAUGGGGAGACUUGGGAUGGCAAUGUGCUUGGCUCUGCUUCCAAGACAAAAGGAAAAUAUUUUGUUGUUGAAACUGGCAGCAGCUAA